CGAGAUUGUACACAGCUAAAGAAGAACGGAGAAACUUUUUUGAAUUGGACUGACGGUACGGAGAAGCAGCCAUGUCAGGUUUCUCGAGCUUAUUUUCUUACAGAAAUGGAGCAAUCUCUUUAUUGCGUCUCAGUUCUUCGAAAUUCGGAUGCUUCUCUCGAGUACGGUUCUCUUCCGGCGCUGUAAAACACUCGAAACGAGAUGUCUCUGGAUUUGAUAUGGAGGAGAGCAUAUAUAACAUUCUUACUAUUGACCGUUGGGGAUCUCUGAAUCAUAUGGACUAUAGACAGGCUCGUCUUAGACCAGUUCAUGGGAAGCUGGCUUUGAAGUUUCUUAAAUGGGUAGUUAAGCAGCCCGGUUUAGAGCCUGACCAUCUUCUUCAGCUGUUUUGUAUCACUACACAUAUACUUGUUAGAGCUAGAAUGUAUGACCCGGCAAGCGCCACAGGUUAUUUGUUGCUGAGGAGAAUGAGGAAGAGGAUGAUUUACCCCAAUGAAGUCACGUACAAUACGCUGAUUAAUGGUUUUUCUAUUGAAGGAAAGGUUCUCAUUGCUCGUCAACUUUUGGAUGAGAUGUUAACCUUUAAGCUUUCCCCGAAUCAUGUUACCUUUAACACUUUGAUCGAUGGACACAUUAGUGAGGGAAACUUUAAAGAGGCUUUGAAGAUGUUUUAUAUGAUGGAAGCGCGCGGUCUUACUCCUACUGAAGUUAGCUAUGGGGUACUUUUAGCUGGGUUGUGCAAACAUGCAGAAUUUGAUUUAGCGAGAGGCUUUUACAUGAAAAUGAAGAGAACUGGGAUCGCUGUUGGGCGAAUAACAUAUACUGGAAUGAUUGAUGGGUUUUGCAAAAACGGGUUAUUGGAUGAAGCAGUUGAGAUGCUUAAUGAAAUGAGCAAAGAUGGUAUUGAUCUCGAUAUUGUCACAUACUCCGCACUUAUAAAUGGAUUUUGCAAGAUGGGGAGGUUUAAAACUGCUAGGGAGAUAGUGUGUAAAUUGUACCGAGCUGGUCUUAGUCCAAACGGCAUCAUAUACUCGACGCUGAUAUACAAUUGUUGCAUUAUGGGAUGCUUAAAGGAAGCAUUAAGAAUUUAUAAAGCUAUGAUCCUAGAGGGCCAUACUCCAGACCGUUUCACGUCCAAUGUACUUGUCGCUUCGCUAUGUAAAGCUGGUAAAGUGGGUGAGGCAGAAGAAUUUAUGCGUUGCAUGACAAGUGAUGGUCUUCUUCCUAACGUAGUUAGCUUUGAUUGUCUUAUAGACGGGUAUGGAAGCUUAGGUGAAGGGCUAAAAGCAUUCUCUAUAUUUGAUGAGAUGACCAGGUUAGGUCAUCACCCAACAUUCUUCACAUAUGGUAGUCUGCUCAAGGGAUUAUGCAAAGGUGGGCAUUUGAAAGAGGCAGAGACGUUUCUGAAAAGCCUCCAUGAUGUUCCUACAGCUGUUGAUACUGUAAUGUACAACACACUACUCACUGCAAUGUGUAAAUCAGGGAACUUGGACAAGGCUGUCUCUCUUUUUGGUGAGAUGGUGCAGUGCAGCAUUUGGCCUGACGGUUAUACAUAUACCAGUCUUAUUUCUGGGUUGUGUAGGAAGGGCAAGAGUGUUAUUGCCAUACUUUUUGCCAUGGAAGCUGAGGCUCGAGGUAAUUUACUUCCCAACGAGGUGAUGUAUACCUGUUUUGUGGAUAGUAUGUUCAAGGCUGGCCAGUGGAAAGCUGCUUUUUAUUUUCGGGAGCAAAUGGAAAAGGUUGGCCUAACCCAUGAUGCUGUCACAACAAACGCAAUGAUUGACGGUUACUCAAGGAUGGGGCAAAUAGAGAAGACAAAUAACCUUCUUUCUGAAAUGGCGAACCAAAACUGGGGUCCUAAUCUGACUACCUACAAUAUUCUCUUGCAUGGGUAUUCAAAGAGGAAAGACAUAUCAACAAGCUUUAUGCUGUAUAGAUCCAUGAUGCUGAACGGCAUUUUGCCUGACAAGCUCACGUGCCAUUCUCUUAUUCUCGGAGUUUGUGAAUCCAACAUGUUGGAGAUUGGUCUUAAAAUCUUGAAAGCAUUCAUCUGCCGAGGUUAUGAUGUUGACAGGAGUACGUUCAACAUGCUAAUCUCCAAGUGUUGUGCAAAUGGAAAGAUCAGCAAGACAUUUGAUCUAGUUAAUGUCAUGAACUUACAGGGUAUCUCCCUUGACAAAAAUACUUAUGACGCCAUUUUAAGCGUCCUCAACAGAAACCACAGAUUCCAGGAAUCUCGCAUGGUUUUGCACGAAAUGUCGAAGCAAGGUCUAUCUCCUGAGUGUACAAAGUACAUUGGUCUGCUUAACGGGCUUUGUAGAGUGGGAGAUAUAAGGACUGCGUUUGCGCUGAAGGAUGAGAUGAUAGCACUUAAGAUAUGUCCGCCUAAUGUAGCUGAGAGUGCAAUGGUGAGAGCUCUUGCGAAAUGUAGUAAGGCUGAAGAAGCUAUGCUGCUUCUUCGGUCCAUGUUGAAAAUGAAGCUGGUUCCAACUAUUGCUAGUUUCACUACUCUAAUACACAUGUUUUGCAAGAAUGGUGAUGUUACAGAGGCCCUGGAAUUGAGAGUCGUCAUGAGAAAUUGUGGCCUGAAGCUUGAUCUGGUGACGUACAAUGUAUUGAUUACUGGACUAUGUGGUAAAAGUGAUAUGGUAGCUGCAUUUGAACUCUAUGAAGAGAUGAAACGAGAUGGUUUCUUAGCCAAUGUGACUACUUACAAAGCUCUCAUCAAUGGGGUAAUUUCCCGAGGAACAUCAUUCUCUGAGACAGAUAUCAUCAUGAAAGAUUUACUUGCAAGAGGAUUCAUAACAUCCAUGAGCUUGUCACAAGAUUCACACAAAACCUUGACAGUUGUCAUGGAGAAGCUGAAGGCCUUGCAAAGUAACAAGAAGGGAUAAAACAUCAGAACAAACUAUAAGAGUGAUCAUAUCAUAUGAUCCCCUUCCCUAAGAAAUU